CAAGUGGCCGGAGCUGUGCUGGUGCUGCGGUGCCACUCGUCAGAGUCAGGUGGAGGCCCAGCCGGCGGGGCAACGUCCCGUGCAGAGGUUCUGCAGCUCUGCACCUGUGUCCUCAUGGUCACAGGCUUGUCCUGCCAAGGCUGGCCAUGGGAGUGGCUGGGGCUGCCCACUUUGGCAAGAGACCCCCAGGGAGCUCCUGCCCGCUGGCUUUGGAAUUGGGGUGCUGAUGGCCAGAAGCAAGUGCUGCUGAGGGGAGGGGUGUGAAGGCGGGGGCUCGUUGGCUGCGUGACUCCGGUGUCUCUGGCGGCUGUGACAUCACGGAGGACAGGUCACAAUGGGAGCUGUCCCUAAGGACAACAGCGGGCAGCCCCAGGGCAGUUGGACUUGGGCGAUCAGCCAUGGAUUCAGCACUUGUGCUCCUCCUGGCUGUGCUGGCCGUCCUGCCCAAGCCGACCCACGAUCGCCCGAGCGAUGCAGUCACUCUGGAGCGGAUGAAGAGACGGCAGAUGUUUGUGGAGCAGAAGAUGAGCGAGCUGUGGGAGGAAAUGGAGUGGAGGAGGGCCCUGGAAAAAGUUCCACUCCUGUGGAUCUUGCAGCACUGGCUCUUCUGGGUGGCUGCAGCGGCUGUGCUCUGCUGGCUGGCCUGGCGCCGUCAGCGGGACAGCUGGCGAGGAGAGGAGGAAGAAGAGCUCGGCGCAGCAGCCGGGGCCGUCAGGCCUUUCCCAGAGCUCAGCCGGUCACCGCUGCAGGAACUGCCCUACAUGGGCCACACCCUGAAGAAGCUGGUGCGGGACCUGCUGGAGGUGUGCCAGGUGCUCUCCCAGAGCACCUUCAUGCCAGAGCUGCACCCGGCCACCCGGAAGCAGGGCACCAUCGAGUCCUGGAGUGACCUGGGGCACCAGAUCAUCUACCAGCUGGUCGUCUUCCUGAGGCCACCCCCCAGGCACUCUUUCCAGCUGCAGCCGCCCGCCGGCAAGAAUGUGCCAGAGAGGUGCUCCAACAUCCGGGUGGUGCUGGAGUGCUCGUGCUCCAGCACGACGGGGGAGACGUCGUGCUUUGUCCACCCCACGCACGACGCUCAGCCCUCGCGCCUGCUCCGCACCCUCUGCACAGACUCCCACUUGGAGGUGGAGAAAGUCUCCGGCUGGGCUCCUGCUGACCGGCCCCUGCGAGGUGCAGCUCUGCGCUGA